AGAUAAACUAGACUUCCUCAGCUACUUCAACUCUCCACUCAAGCGUCGACAAAUUCAUCAUCCUCAUCUCAACAAUCUCCAAUCAGAUCCAAGCCUUCAACACCCAGUCCACCUCCAACCACCACCUUCCUCGCACUACCCCUACCAUCCCUGAUCAUCCACCCACUCAGAUCGCCUCCAAACCCUCCGAGCAGCCCGACAACCUCACCCCUCAACAGAAGGAACUCUUGAUACGCUCUCGACUGAAGGCAAUCAGCACUCAAUUCAUCAUCGCUGUCGAACAACUCAAUCAGCUCUAUCAAACUCACCCAUCCAACCAAGCCUUCCAACAUCAUCCAAUCCAUAGAUCAUCACUCCCACUCCGUACUCCCUACACCAGAUCAUCAUCCUCACGCCCCUUCUCGCGUCCAAUCAGCUUGGGCCCGCCUCGCAGCUCGACCAUCUUUGGUCCAGGUAAUCCAUUUGCCGAGCUUGACGCGGAAGACGAUGAGCUCAAAGAACUCGACAAGAAGCUUCAGUCCUCUGGAAUGAACCAGGAAGCCUUCCAAAUCUGCUCCAAGGAACUCAAGCGAUUACGAUCGAUCCAACCCAGCUCGGUCGAACAUAGCGUCAUCAAGAACUAUCUCGAGAUCAUGUUGGAGCUUCCCUGGUCAAAGAGUACCAUCACCUUGACCAAUCAGGCCCUACUCGCCAAAGGUUUCCUCCAAAAGGCUCGCGUCCAACUAGAUCUCGACCAUUUCGGUAUGCUCAAAGUCAAACAACGUUUGAUCGAGUUCUUGGCUGUCAUCAAACUUCGUGCCGAUCUCGAAACCCGCGCAGCAAAUCAACAAUUCGUCGCUUCCAAUACCGAUCCAUCCACAACUUCUUCCUCUCCCAGUAGUUCAUCCACUCAACCUCAGCCGUCCAAUGAAUUCCAAAUCAGCCGACUUUGGAAGGAUACAUUGGAUCCUACUUUCCUUGUCCCACCCGAUCGACCCAACGCUCCGGCUGAUAACACACACAGACUUCCCGGCCCAACUCUGAAAGGUAAAGAUGGAAAGAAACCUGCCCCGAUCCUCUUAUUGGUCGGGCCUCCAGGGGUAGGUAAGACCUCUAUAGCCAGGAGCAUUGCAAAGGCUCUCAAUAAACAAUUCUAUCGGAUCAGUCUGGGUGGGGUCAAGGAUGAAUCAGAGAUCAGGGGUCAUCGCCGAACUUAUAUUGGAUCUAUGCCUGGUACGAUUGUUCAAGCUUUGAGACGAGUCGGUGUCAAUGACCCGGUGAUCCUACUAGAUGAGAUUGAUAAAGUCGGCAGUCGAAGUAUCAACGGUGAUCCAGCCUCAGCACUCUUGGAAGUAUUGGAUCCUGAACAAAACUCGACCUUUGUUGAUCAUUACAUCAAUACACCCAUCGACCUUUCAUCCGUUUUAUUUCUAGCGACUGCUAAUUCAACUUCAACCAUCUCCCCACCACUAUUGGAUCGACUCGAGACCAUCCAAGUCGAUGGGUACUCCUUGGAUGAGAAAAUCAAUAUCGCCAGAAGAAACUUGAUCCCCAAACAAAUCAAAAAUUACAGUCUACAACCCCAUCAAUUCAUCUUGGACGAUGAACAAGUCUUGAAGAAGAUCAUCUUGAGUUAUACAAGUGAAUCCGGUGUCCGAAACUUGGAAAGAGAAAUCGGUAGCCUCUGUCGGGCUAAAGUCUUGGAAUUCAUCCAAGAUCGUGAUCAAUCCGAUGUUCUUGAUAAAACCAAGUCAGAACAAGAUCACCUCGAUCAAUUCCAAGCCAAGAUACACAUGGAUGAUGUCCGCAGAAUUUUGGGACCUGAACAUUAUGAGGCGGAAAUUUCAGACGUCGAAUUGAAGCCAGGAGUAGCCAUCGGAAUGGCAUACCAAGGUAGCGGAAAUGGCUCGAUCCUGUACAUCGAAGCAACCAGCUAUCCGGGAAAAGGGGGGUUGAAAUUGACAGGCUCGUUGGGCGAGGUGAUCAAAGAAUCGGCCGAAUUGGCCAUCAGUUGGAUCAAAUCCAAUUCAAACUUGAUGAAUUUAAACUUGACUAAAAUCGACACCUUGGAUUUACAUAUCCACUUCCCCUCCGGUUCGAUCAAAAAGGAUGGGCCUUCCGCUGGCGUCGGAUUGGUCUUGGCCCUCGUCUCUUUGUUCUCCAAUCUAGCUAUCGAUAACAAUUUAGCUGUCACCGGUGAGAUCUCGCUCCGUGGUCAAAUUCUACCGGUGGGUGGAAUUAGAGAAAAGGUUUUAGCAGCAAGUAGGUCUGGGAUCAAGCAAAUUCUCAUCCCGGCCAAGAACGCGAAAGAUAUCGAGUCGGAUGAGAACUUGAAGAACCUCAAGGACUUGGUGGAGGUCCAAUAUGUGAAUUCCUUACAUGAAGUGAUCAAGCUAGUCUUCAAGGACAAAUUGUGGACUAGGACCGCAAAUCUCCAACAAAAUCAAGAACAAUUCAAUCAACUCGCUCAAAACUCUGAUAGUAAUUUAUAACCACUUGCAACACUGUUUUUUUAUUGGCCAUUGAUUGAAUACUCCCCCCCCUCCUUCUACUUACUAUUCUCAUCUUUUGUAGCUUUUCUUUUUAUUUUAUUUUCUGAAUAAAAUAAAAGAUCAAAAAAAAAACUUGACUGCCAUCUCCUCUCCAAUCAAUGCCAAUCCAGAUUAUGUAGAAAUGAUGUUCAUUAAGGGUUGUUGAAGGGAUGCAAGACUAGCCCUGUGUUGAUAAGUUAUAUGUAAUGAACUAAUUGAGAAAAGAUCUUGAAGUUGA